AAUGCCUUAUUCAUAUUUACGUAACAAUAACUGUUUUGUAAAUUAGACAAGUAAUAUACCCUAAUAUAUACAAGGACACGCGAGGGUUGCUUCUCACAUCAUCUGGAGGUGUACCAUACAGUACGUCUGACAACAGUUAUAGAAGACCACCGAAAGGCAUUUACAGAAGUGAAAACAAAAUGACACACGGGGAAAAGGAACCGAUUCUGCAAAAGCCAACAGAUCUUGCCAGCGAACCUCAUCAGGCCAACGGCGGAUACGGCAGCACUAGUGUUGUGAUGCCAGAGGAGGGUCUGGCUGUCCAAGGCUCGGUGGUUUCUUUCCAUCGUAUUGGCUACACAGUACAGGUGUCAAAGGGUUGUUGUGGUGGCAACGUGGACAAACACAUACUCAAAGAUGUCAGUGGUAUUUUUAAACCUGGAAUGAAUGCCAUCCUGGGACCAACUGGAAGUGGAAAAUCAAGCUUAUUAGACGUGCUUGCUGGCAGGAAAGAGAAGAAAGGCCUGAGUGGGUUACUACUAGUGGAUGGGCAUCCUCAGCCAGAGAAUUUCAAGUGCAUGUCUGGAUAUGUUGUGCAGGAUGAUGUUGUUAUGGGAACUCUCACAGUUAAGGAGAACUUCCAGUUCUCUGCAGCACUACGCCUCCCAAAGACAGUGACCAAGGAAGAGAGAAAAGCACGUGUUGAGAGAGUAAUACAUGAUCUAGGAUUGACACAUUGUGCGGACACUAAGAUUGGCAAUGAAUUCAUCCGCGGUGUGUCUGGAGGUGAGAGGAAACGUACCAAUAUUGGCAUGGAGCUGAUCAUCCAGCCAACUGUACUGUUCCUGGACGAGCCGACAACAGGGCUUGAUGCCAGCACAGCUAACUCUGUUAUGUUACUGCUGAAGAGACUUGCUCACAUGGGAAACACCAUCAUCUUCUCAGUUCACCAGCCCAGGUACUCCAUAUUCAGGUUGUUUGACAGUAUUAUGUUGUUGUCUCAGGGAGAGAGUGUGUUCCAUGGACCAUGCAAGGAGGCCCUACAGUACUUUUCCUCUAUUGGAUAUGAGUGUGAAGAACACAAUAAUCCGCCCGAUUUCUUUUUGGAUGUGAUCAAUGGGGACUCUACAGCAGUGACCUCUAUAGACCAGCUUUCUAAGCACUUGAUGGAUGAGGAAACCAUGGAGCUCCUUGAUAGUAACAGAGAAGAUCAUAGCCAUGCAAAGAUUCACCCCAGUGAUGGAGAGAGCAGAGAUGUGAGUGAAGUUUUAGCUGCGAAGUUCAGAGAGUCUGACUGGCACAAAAACUUACAACAAGAGUUGACACCCAUUGAGCAAACGUACAUGUCCAAUGUGGCAGCUGGCCAAGUGAUCUACAGGGAGGUUGGAUAUGCUACUUCUUUUCCAACACAGCUUUGGAAUGUGUCAAAGAGAACAGUGAAGAAUAUUAUUGGGAAUCCUCAGGCCAACUUACUCCAGUUUGUUGUUAAUAUCUUCUUGGGGGUUAUAGUUGGUGCUAUCUAUUGGCAGAUUGACACAUCACUCAAGUCUGGAAUACAAAACAGAGUUGGUGCCUUCUUCUUUAUCGUGAUGAAUAUGGUAUUUUCAAAUUUAUCAGCUAUUGAACUUUUUUUAAAGGAAAGAAGCAUUUUCAUGCAUGAGAAUGCAAGUGGGUUCUACAGAGUGUCUGCAUAUUUUCUUGCCAAAGUUUUCUGUGAUCUGAUUCCUAGGACCACGCCAGUUUUGCUGUUCUCUGCCAUCAGUUACUGGAUGAUUGGCCUUCAAGCAGAUGCAGGGAAAUUCUUUUUCUUCACACUCAACUUGGUCCUCACUACAUUGACAGCCUCAGCUUAUGCUUUCUUUGUCAGCGCAUCAGUCAGAAUCAUAGCCAUUGCCAACCUUCUCAUUGCCAUGACAUAUGUUUUUAUGAUGAUAUUCAGUGGUCUUUUGGUCAAUCUGGACUCCAUUGGUGACUGGUUGAAGUGGAUUAAAUGGCUCAGUCUCUUUAGAUACAGUAUAGAUGCCUUGACGGUGAAUGAAAUGAAAGACCUGAAUUUUUGUGAUACAAAUAAUGGAACCCAGACUUGCCAAGCAGGGACAGUUUACCUAGAUAGUCAAGGUAUAACCUAUGCAACUGCCUGGGACCUGUGGUACAAUGAAAUGGCCCUAGGAAUUAUGACAGUAGUAUUCAUGUUCCUGGCCUAUAUACAGCUCAGACGAGUGCCAAAACUCAAGUGAAAAGAAAACUCCCAAAACAUGAUCUGGAUGUCUGUCACUUUCAAGCUGUUGUCUGAAUAGGAAAAAAAUGUUUGUGCUUCAAAUGAAUUAUUUGUGUGUUUGAGUUUUCAGUUUUGGUGCUGUAUACA